AUGAGAGCGGCAAACGCACCUCCUGCCUCGGAUAAGUUUCAGUUCCUUUCGGACAAGGCACUGACUGCUUGCAUCAAGCGCCUUGGCAAUCAAGCACGUUGGCGAGAUGUCAUCGACAUUAUUGAGGAGACACGCUUGCAGGGCUUUCAGCCGAAUACGAUUUCUAUGAAUUCCGCGCUGACGGCCUUCACGCGAAGUUACAGGUGGGCGUGGGGAAUUCUGUGCUUUGACUCCUUGGAGAAGGGAAGGCCCGACAUGAUAUCUUGCGGUGCAGCCAUCCACGCCUACGGUCUGGGAGGCUGCUGGACGGGGGCAAUGAAGAUCUUCCGGUCCAUGAAAUUCCGCAGACUUCAGCCGGACGCCACAACCUUCAACGAGGCCCUCGCUGCCUGUGAGCGAGGGAGUCAGUGGCAAGACGGGCUGACUCUGGGGCGCAGCAUGCCAGCGCUUGGUCUUCAGCCAGAUGUUGUCACAAGAGGAAGCAUGGCCUGUGCCCUUGGGCGAGGAGCUCUGUGGCGGCUGGCUGUCAGAUUUCGCGCGGGAUCGGCAGCUCUUGGCGGCGCGAUCAUCACUGCCUGCGCGUCAGCGGUGCAGUGGAGCUGGUCGCAGGAGGUGCUGGGUGCGCUGCGGCGGGACUCCGAAGCCCGGCUUCAGAUCUGCCGCGGCGCAGUUUUGGCCGCCCUGGCACGCAGCAGCCGCUGGGAACUGGCCUGUGCCGAGUUGCAGGAGAUGUGGAGCCGGGUUCCCCAGGAGGCCGCGCCGGACAUCCGGGCCUACAACGUGGUCAUUAGCGCCUGUGAGCUGAGUGGUCGCUGGCGCCAGGCGCUGCUCCUGCUCAAGGCCGCCAGGAGCAACAAAUUGGAAAGCGACGAGGUCAGCCACGCGGCUGUGGCGAGUGCUUGCACUCGCCGUGGCCUGGCUUGGGCCUUUGCCCUUUGGAUGUUGGAGGUCCACAGCGGCCCCAGGGACGCGGUGCUGUUGACCACGGCGCUGACGGCCUGCGAGGUGGGGCAGCGCUGGCACAGUGCCAUGAAGCUGCACCAGGCCUUCAAAGGCUUCGGCUUGGAAGCCGAUGAAGCCGCAAACUUGGCCGCUGCAGGCGCCUGUCAAAGAGCCGCGUGCUGGCUGCAAGCUUUGUCCUACCUCACGCCUUCCGUCUCCGUGGGAAACGCCGCCAUCGCGGCCUGUCGUUCACACUGGCAGCAGGGGCUCUUCCUCUUCGCCCGUAUGCCCGAGCGAGAUGUCCUGUCGUCCGAGACUCAACUCGCGUGA